AUCUACAUCAACUGACCCUACAAAGCCUGGUGCUCUGCCUCCCUGCUUUCCACUUGUCUCUGACCUGCUCAAGUGAUUGCAAAACCAGCUAACUGUUCCCUGUGGAUCUCUGCUCACCUCAGGCCGGCUCCUGGACUAUCCCGUCACGCUCCCCUCCGCCUGACACAGACGUUGCAUCCAAGAUUUUACAAGGAGACAUCGAAGAUGGAUAUGAUACCCGGAACCUUCCGUAAUGUCUCGGAGGAGGAGCAGGCACUCCGCAACAAACUUGAGCACCUCACCACCAGUGACCACGGCCCCGUGUUUGGCAAGUGUCAGAGCCUCCCAGCACACACCGUGCAGAAGGCAAAGGAUGAGCUGAACGAGGUGGUGGAGAUGCGGGCAAACUAUGUGCAGGAGCUGCGCAAUCUGGUGCAGGAGAGCGGUGACCCCGCAAUGCAGAAAAGCCGAGACAAAGACGAUGGCUUUUUCCUGCGCUUCAUCAGAGCCCGGAAAUUCGACGUGGGCCGAGCUUUCGACCUGUUGAAAGGCUACCUGCGGUUCCGUGACGUCUAUCCCGAGCUGUUUGAGAAGCUGACGCCGGAGGCCGUGCGCAGCACUAUCGAGGCGGGUUACCCUGGCGUGCUGACCAGCCGUGACAAGCAUGGCCGUGUGGUGCUGCUCUUCAACAUCGAGAACUGGGACUACGAGGAGAUCACAUUUGAUGAGAUCCUUCGUGCUUACUGCGUUAUCCUGGAGAAGCUUCUAGAAAAUGAGGAGACGCAGAUCAAUGGAUUCUGUAUCAUUGAGAACUUUAAGGGAUUCACAGUCCAGCAGGCGUCCGGCAUCAAAGCUUCUGAGCUCAGGAAAAUGGUGGAUAUGCUGCAGGACUCAUUCCCAGCCCGCUUUAAAGCGGUUCAUUUCAUCCAUCAACCAUGGUACUUCACCACCACCUACAACAUGGUCAAACCUUUCCUCAAGAGUAAGCUAUUGGAGCGGGUCCACAUUCACGGUGACGAGCUGGAGCCGUUCUUCACCGAGAUUAGCUCCGACAUCCUGCCCUCGGACUUCGGGGGCUCGCUCCCCAAAUACAAUGGCAAAGACAUUGCCGACAAGCUCUUCGGCCCCAGCACGGACUCAGAAGACACAGCACUUUAACUGGAGGUGGAAGAGAUAGCCUUAUGUGGUGGUGGGGUGGGGGUGUUAUUUAGAGAUUAGCUUAAUGUCAGUCAAUGUCACACACUGGAGGUCACCAAUUCCCGCGGCACUUUACUGGGUGGAUUGGAAUUGUCUGACGUCCCGAGUGCAGCCCCUGUGGUGACUGAGUUUCUGUGUUAGUAUAAAUAUUGAUGGUUUAGGUUGUCUAUUGCCCACAGGCAAUGUUUGCAGACUGCACUGAGCUAAAACAACAACUUGCAUUUAUAUAGUGCCUCUCACACAGGGUCAGGUCCCAAUUGUUUAAACUAAUAGCGCACAACGUGUCCCCAUGGACAGCAUCGUUUAGAAGCCGUCAGAGCCGAGGGUGAGGGUAACUUUGUGUAACUGGGGCUGGUGUAGUCCAAUCCAGCAGCGAACUCAGUGUGGAGGCUACUUCCUAUUCGGGGCAGGUCAGUGAGAGGGUUGGACCCCAUUCUGUGUCACCUCCGUCUGUGAAAGCGACUUCGGUCACCAAUAAAUGUUGGUUAUUGGGAGAAAAGUGUUUGAGCGGCAAAUUCUUUCCAGUCUUGAUAAUGACAUGUUAGAGUCCGGCGGGGAGCUGGGACCCUGCUUUAAGGGGCAUUUGAAUUUGUGUUGGGUUUUCCUGGCAGCUGAGAUUUCCAGUAAGAAAAUUCACUGGAUUGGUGACUGUCAGGGAAUGACCGGGAUGCCACUGACGUUAUAAUAUUGGCAGCCACUUGGGGGCGCUGCAAUGCUGCUCAGGGCGGCUGAGAGGCCAGUGAGCAGUUUAUUGGGGAAACCUCUACAUCUGCCCCCAGACAGCAGCAACCGCAACCCAGAGAUGGAGGCAGUAAAUACAUCUGAAUUGACCCCUCACUCACCAUAAAUCACUGCAGCAAUCUCCAGCUCCAGUGCACUGAGUACUGCUGGUGUGGGAGCCGCAGGGGAGGAGAAACACCUGAGCUAUCUCUGCCCUGAAAACAGACCAGGCUCGGCUGGUGAGAUGUCCAGAGACGAAUGAAAGAUUUUUGUACAUUUUCGGUUAGCAUGGAGUGGGCGACGGCAGCAGAAUAAACGGCUGUGACGGGUUAAUGCCUGAUGCAGAUAUCACCAGUA